AUGGAGAUCGAGCUCGCUUAUGGUGAAUCUCGCGGAUACUGGAAACAUUAUUCACCCGGGAAGUGGUUCAAACAAGCGAAAGCCGUUGGCAAGAUCAACAACGUAAAAGCUACUCUGUUAUUUGAUUCUGGUGCUGAAGUGUCGAUCAUUGACACCACCUUUGCUCGUGAGGUCGGUUGCAAUAUUGACGAAAGUCAACGACAAGAAUGUAUCGGGAUUGGAGAAACUCCGUACAUGACGGUAGGACGUACCAAGAUCAAGGUGACCCUCGCGGGAUCGCUGGUAUACUAUUUCAAUGUAUGGGUAGGCGAUCUGGCAGGGCAAGAAGCGAUUCUGGGUAUGGAUUUUAUGGUGCCUGCUGGAGUGCGGCUCGAUCUAGCGGAUGGCGCGCUAUGUCUACCAGAAGAAAUCCGCAUUCAUCUCGCAGGACGUCGCCCCGCGUACGGAUCGAAGAUACAACAUAUAACGGCGAAGGACCAACACGUGGUGAUCCCGGUCGGAGAGUCAAGGGAAGUGAAGAUCGGGAUCGGAGGGGCUAAGAUGAAGUUGUGGGUCGCUAGAGGACUAGAUUGGGUCCCCACUGUGAUCUCGGGGUGGGGGUAA